AUGAAGAGAUCAAGAAGAGAGCUGAACGCGGUGCUCGUGGGAUCAAAAAGCUCCCGGAAAUAUCUCGUCGGAAACAUCAUCCUGGGAAGACAGGCGUUUGAUCCUCGAGAUGCGACGUCCCGCUGCGAGAGAGGCGAAGGAGACGCAUGCGGGAGGAGAGUCUCGCUGGUCAGAGCCCCCGGGUGGCUGCGAGGGUAUCGCCUCUGUGAUACACCAGAACUUUUUAAAACUGGGGCGAUUCUCAGCGUCACUCUGUGCCCUCCUCCGCUGCACGCUUUCCUCCUGGUGGUUAACGCCGAGCUGCCAUUCAAAGACGCAUACAAGAAGGCAACAAAGGAGCACUUGGAACACUUUUUUGGGGAGAAGGUUUGGGAUCACACCGUGGUGGUCUUCAGCCACAGAGGCCAUCCGAGCCACAAAACCAUCGAGGAUUACAUCGAUUCUGAAGGGGCGCCGCUCCGGUCGCUCCUGGAGGCCUGUGGUAAGAGAUAUCACAGUCUUUGUGAGGAUGGCACCGACAGCGGGGUGAAAGUCGAAGAGCUGUUUGAGAAGAUCGAUGCAAUGGUGGCGAGAAACAGCUGUUACCAAGCUGACGGCACGCUGGUGCAAAGUGUGGAGGAGAGGAGGACGGAAGUAGAGAAAAGAGCACAGGAGCUGCGUCUGCAGUCACAGCAACAAAGACAGAAACUCAGGAGUCUGCUGACAGAACCGGCACCCAGCCUGAGGAUCCUGAUGGUGGGGUGGGUGUUUUCCGGGAAGAGCGCCACCGGGAACAGCAUUCUGAGGGCUGACAAGUUUCAUUCCGGUGACAGAACGGUGAAAGCUCUGAAGCAAAGCGGGGAGGUGGCUGGAAGAGAGGUCGUCAUCGUGGACACUCCCGGAUGGUGGAAGUACUUCUCGGCAAUGUUCAGCCCUUCGUUCUUGAAUUCUGAGAUUUUAGACGGAGUGUCUCUGUGCUCUCCGUCACCAAACGUCAUUUUGCUGACGGUGCCGUUGGACACAGCAUUUACCGAGGAGCAGAGAAGGCUCAUGGAGGGCAACAUGAGGCUGCUUGGACAGAGAGUCUGGAGACACGUAAUCAUGGUGUUCACGUUCGGAGACACCCUGGGGGACAAAACUAUUGAGCAGCACAUUGAAAGCGAAGGAAAGUCUCUCCGGUGGCUUACUGAGAAAUGCGGAAACAGGUAUCAUGUCGUCAACAACACGAGUGAAGCUGAAGAUCAGGUGACGGAGCUGCUGGAGAAGAUGGAGGAGAUGGUGGCAGGAAACAACUCUUUUUACCUCAGCGCCUACCCGGAGAGAGACGACGUACCGCCGCCAGAGGAAGACAUUAGUGACAAACUACCUGAAAGCAAAGACGAGUACGCAGCCAAGAAGAUUGUAAAACAGCUCAUCAUCGAGUGGGAUCGCAGGAGGUGGGAAAAGCAGAACGUUUUAAAAGGAAACAGCAGCAGCAUGGGAUUACCUCCACUCACCAUGAGUGAAAGCAUGACGUCUGAGACUUCAGGAGAAAAGGAAGAAGAGAUGGAGCAGCAACAUGAAGCCGACCAGCUGCUGAGCGGCCUGGAAGCAGCGAGCGGAGGAGAUGCAGGAACCGACUACAUGAACAUAUGGAUGGGACUCCUGGAGAGGGAGUGGUGCAGGCGAGAGGUGGCCAUGGAGCAGAGCGACUGGAGGCAUUUCUACAGCCAUUCGUCUGAAGCGGCCUCGGAGCCAGACAGUGACAUAGUGCUGAAAUCCAGAGAAAAGGUGGCGUGGUGGCUGAAAUCCAAACAUGGAGGUCCGAGCGGUGCCAGUUCAGGCCACGGGACGCUAUCGAUCAGCGGGGAACCGGAGGAGGAGGCCGGCUGGAAACCCUGAUUCAUUGUGCCGCACUCGGGCAACGUGUUUGGGAUGUGCAAGGUCUUAAUCAAUGGGAAAUGUUUUAUUAAAUACAAUCAAGUGGUAAAUUAUUCAGCACUAACGAACUUGCAGCUGAUUAGGAUGCGCUGAUUAGACGCUCCAACCAACAUGUCCCUCCAAACAAUGCUUCGUUCUCUGUUAAACUCAUUUACAGCUUUUCUGGUUGAAAACUUCUGAUGAUUCAUGACAGUCUUCAUCAGUUUUAUUACUUUUUAAUUUAAAACUUUAAAUAAUUAGUUAAUAUUCUGGAAACCAUCAGCAAAAAGCGAAUAUUCUGACAAACAGGAACAGAACUACUUCUUUGCUCGUGAAUCUGUGCAGCAGAGAUGCACGCUGAGGUGGUGGAGAACGUGAAUGUUGAAAACCAGGAAGUGAGAUUUCCAGAAAUGACAAUGCAGGAAGCAGCCCUGUGAUAGACUGGUUACCUGUCCAGGUGAACCUGCCUUCACCCUGAGUCAGCUGGGAUAGACUCCAGCCCUCCAUGACCCUAGUGAGGAUGAAGGUGUAUGGAUGAUGGAUGGAUGGAUGGACAAUGCAGGAAGCGAGGUUUUUAACCACGUGUUUGCCUUUUUGCAAUGUUGUAUGUAUGAAAAUAAAGAUGCUUUCUUCGGUUCCACUAAAGAAACCAUUUAAAUGGAGCUAAACAACGAAUGCCAAUCCUGAAAUAUAAAAAUAAAGCUUCCCCUCCAA